AUGGUCACCAAAGCAAAUUGUAAAUUAGUUGUUGAAACUCUUAUUUUGCGUGGCUUAAACGUCAAUGCAAAAGAUAAUAAAUGGAAAACACCACUUCAUAUUGCUACCGAAAAUGGUUUUAUAGAUAUCAUGGAUAUACUUCUUGAAAAUGGAUCAGAUCCUAAUGCAAAAUGCAAAAAUGGCACUACACCUCUUUAUUUUGCCGCAGAAAAUACGUGUAGUACAAAAGAACUUGCAGAGCUUCUUAUAUUACAUGGCGCAGAAAUAAAUACAAAACUUAAUAAUGGAAUCAAUGCACUUUUUCUUGCUGCUGAAAAAGACAAUUUUCAAGUGGCAGAAUAUCUUAUUUCAAAAGGAAUUGAUAUCAAUUUAACAAAUAUUUCAGGCAAAAAUGUAAUUCACUAUGCAGUAGAAAAUAAAUCAUUACACGUCAUAGAUCUCUUUGUUUCUCAUGGAGUAAAUAUUAAUCAGAAAGAUAGGUACCAAAAAACACCUCUUCAUUACGCUGCAGAAAAUGAUUACGCAAAAAUAACAGAAACUCUCCUUUCUCUCGGUGCAGAUGUUAAUGUCAAAGAUAAGAUUGGGAAACCCCCGCUGCAUUAUGCAUCAGAAAAGAAAUAUAAAGAAAUACCAGAUGACAUGUUUGAAAAAGAUACUUUUAAAGUAACGACAAUUGAAAAAUCAGUAGAAACAGCUAAAGUUCUUCUUUCUUAUGGCGCAAAUGUAAAUGCCAAAGAUAAAUUUGGUAAAACUGCUUAUUAUUAUGCACAACAAAGUGGUGCUCGGCGUAUAUAUGAUCUUAUUAUUUCAAUGUUUUGGCUUGAAUAA